AUGUCUCUGCCUCCAGCAACCAAAGAUACUUCGGCGCAUCCCGGCGCCAACAGCGUCACCGAGCCCACCAACAAGGCUAUCAUGCAGGCCGAUAUUGAUCGCAAGAUGCGAUUCUACGGCGUCAUCGAAGCCUUCCGCCAGGGCAAGCUCCCCGAUAACCAACAAAUCGACGAGACCCUCAAGUACCUCAACAGCCACUCACCCGUAGACUUGAACGCCUUGAGCCCCGAAGGCAAGAAGCUUAUCCAAGACACGCGUGACAUCAUUGAAACUGUGAGCCCGUCUGAUCGUCGCUCAGAAGAACGCCGACGAGCUCUCCAGAACUUUGUCUUCCACACCGAGGGCACCGACUUUACUCGCGUCAAGCAGAACGGCGAGGUCGUCCCUGUUUCCAAGGACGACGCCGAGAAGGAUCGACAAGAGGCAGUCAAGCACCUCCGCACGCUCUUGACUCUGUUUGCCACCAACUCGGAAGCCCGAAAGCUCCUUUCCGACUUUGGUAUCAUCGGCCGCGACUUGUUUGCCCGUGGUGCUUCUAAAGCUUUGGAUGCGACGCGCCCGACCGAGGAGCAGCUCGCUCACGUCGACGAUGCUGCCCCCUCGGACCAAUGGAAGUCGACUGAGGGCAGGGUUGUAGGACCCAACGAGACCCCAACCCUCCAAGUCAAGAACCCCGCAGGCAAUGGCGACAUUCAGCACCACCCUCACGAGGGCACGACUGUCGGGUCUGCAGAAGAAGGAGCAGUCAAGGCUGAGGGCGAUGCCCACGCUCGCGAGGUUCAGGCUCGCGUAGAGGGUGCUCCUGAUGAAGAAAAGGGCGAAGUCGCAAAGAAGAGCCUCCGUGAGAAGAUCAUGGGUGUCCGUGAUCGCAUUCCUCAAGAGCACAAGGAUCGUGCCAACGAGCAGUACGACAAGACUCGUGACUUCCUUCGUGAUGAGUUCCCCGAAGAGCGUCGUGAUCAAUUUAUCUACCGCAUGAAGAAGGUCAUCGUCGAGUGCCAGAAGCACGACGACUACCAGGCUUCUAUCCGUUGGUUCCUUUCUGCCAUUGAAGCCUACCACGGCCACUCCAGGUCCGUAGCCGCGACUGGCCAAGGCUCCGCUAAGAUAUCAGAAUGUCACAAGCGACCCCUCGCUCCGCCUUGCACCCGAGAGCUCCGCACGCUCCUCGAGCGUUUCGCCAACGGACAAUCCAUGGACCCCAUACUCGAUGCUACCGGUGCACUAUGGGAUGAUGCGCAAAAGGACGAGGGUCUCCGUGCUUGGUUCAGGAAAAUGGACGAGUACGUCCGCAAGGUCUUGCUCGAGCCAGGCUACGUCCUCCAGCCCCAAUGCAACGAUCGCGGCCGCGAGAUCCGCGAAGAAGGCCGACAGUUCUUCGAUCACAAGUACAAGGGUCACAAGAUAACCUCUUCGACUCGAUCCAACGCUGGUUCAACGCUAUGGGCGAUGACCCUCUCAACAAGCGCUUCGGUGAAGACUGGAAACGCCUUACCCGCGACUUGCUCUUUGACUCCACCGGAAAGCUCACUUUCAAGCCCACUCUCUGGUCGGACAUCCGCCGCGUAUUCUUCCCUCCGUUGUCGAGCAAAUCGGAUACAUUCCUAUCCCUCGCGUCGAGGCAAGAACCUCUUCCCCAACGUCGUUGAAAUCGAAGCGCACAACUAUGUCAAGUUCUCUCCCGACAUGCGCGACGUUGCCUUUUAUUUCAACAAGAAGACGGGCAUGCCCAAACUCAAGGACUCUGGUCUGGCCGACGUAUUGUUGGGCGGCGAAGGAAUGAGCGCCAAGGUCCACAUCAAGAGCGCCCCUCCCAAGGACAAGACUAGCGUCUUCUAUGUCAAGGACGUCCGUGUCAAGAUCGAUUCUCUCAAGUUCUCUAUCCGCGAUAGCAAGCACGACGCGCUGUACAAGAUCGUCAAGCCUAUCGCGACUGGUGCCAUCAAGAAGCAGAUCGCCAAGGCCAUCGAGGGUGCUAUUCGUACCAGUCUCGAAUACGUUGACGAGCAACUUGUUGCGACCCGCGACCGCAUGAACGACGCCCAAGCCACCGGCGAGAAGUCGAGGACAGAAGUACUCAAGGAGAUGUUCGAGCGAAAGAAGGACGAGGCAUCGUCAAGGCAGCAAGACAGACUCGCAAUUCAAGAUUGUCUCGAAGCGCGACUCUGUCCUUAUCCCCAACGCCGGCCAUGA